UUUCACCUCUUGUGCAAAAGACUAUGUUGUGAUUUUUUGCCCAUUCUGACGUGUGGAUAUUUGUGAGUUUGCACACUGAUGUUGGAUGACCAGUCCUGGGUCACUGUUCAUUCAAAAUAAUCCAAAGGUGUUCCAUUGGAUUGAGGGCAGGACUCUAAUCCAUACCCAAUUUUUUCAUCCGUUGUUUAUGACCAUUGCUUUGUGCACUGGUGCCCAGAGAUGUUGAAGCAGAAGGGGGUAAUCCCCAAAUUGUUUGAUAACACAAUGAAUGUCUUGGACACCCCCAACUUUGUGGGAACAGUUGGGAGAUGACCCCUUCCUAGUCCAACAUGACUGUGGUGUGUCUUGGGGAGAUGUUUGAAUUGUUUGGGCAUCGUAGUUGUUUAUGGCGGCCACUUAGUCAUUGUGUCGUGUCUUUGCAACUGGAUCCAAAGUUCCUCUAUAAUGUGUCAAUUUAUUGGACCUUAUUAGGCCUUAUCUCAGCACAUCAUAGGAGAAUGGACAAUUUAUGACAGCUCAUAAUAGAGAAAAAAAUGAGAGAAAAAAAACACAGGUCAGUCUACAUAUUAGUAUUUCUAUUUCAAGGCAAAUUUACCCUGGUCUGGACCUCCAAAAAAUGGUGGACAAAUAUUGAUAUGGUGGAGCAGCUGUAGACCCUUGGACUCAGAAUUCUGAGGACUGGGGUUCAGAUCCCGGCCCUACCUGUUUUGGAGUUUUCAUGUUCUCACUGUGCCUACAUGGAUUUACUCCGGACAGUCCAGUUUCCUCCCACAUCCCAAAAACAUGCAUUCAUUGGAGACUCUAACUUGCCCCCAAGGUGUGAUUGUGAGUGCUGUUGUCUGUCUCAAUGUGCCCUGAGAAUGGCUGGCAACCAGUUCAGGGUGUACCCCGCCUCCUGCCCAAUGAUAGCUGUGAUAGGUUCAAGCACUCCGCGACCCUCGUGAGGAUAAGGGGCUCAGAAAAUGGAUGGAUAGAUGGAUGGUUGCUAGGUUUAUUAAAGACUAAAUUGUCUGUGAUUGUGAGUGUGACUUUUUUUGUUUUUUUAUGUGCCUUAGUGGCACGGUUGUACAACUGGAAAGCUUUGGCCUCACAGUUCUGAGGUCCUGGGUUUGAUCCCGGCACUCCCUGUGUGGAGUUUGCAUGUUCUCCCCGUGCAUGCGUGGGUUUUCUUCGGGCACUCUGAUUUCCUCCCACAUCCCAAAAACAUGCAACAUUAAUUGGACACUCUAAAUUACCCCUAGGUGUGAUUAUGGGUGUGGUUGUUUGUCUCUACGUGCCCUGCGAUUGGCUGGCAACCAGUUCAGGGUCUACCCUGCCUCCUGCCCAUUGACAGCUAGGAUAGGCUCCAGCACUCCCACAACCCUUGUGAGGAUAAGCAACAAAAAAAUGAAAUGAUGGAUAAAUGUGCCUUGCAAUUGGGUGGCAACCAUUUCAGAGUGACUACUAGUGCCUGGAGAAAACCCACCUAGGCAUGGGGAGAACACACUUAUUCCACACAGACAGGGCUAGGAUUUGAACUCGGUCCUCAGAACUGUGAGUCCAAGGCUCUACAGCUGCUCCACUGUUCCACCGUUAUUAUUACUAUUAUUAAAUUAAAAAGACCAUUUUGGCUCCACGAUACCCGCCCUCAGGCCAAUCAGGGGAGCGCAGGUGUGCUGAUGAAGCUGCCAGAUUAGACGACAGUGUGCUCGCUGCUGGUUGUGGCUUCAAUCCCCACUAUCCGGCCGCCCUCUUUUAAUUCUAGUCAUGUUGGCGUUUUCGUGGGUCAUAUGGAUGUUUUAUUGCAGUCCAGCAGUGGGUGGUCCGGUUUAGUACUUGAUGUGGUCAGACGGGGUCAAUACUGUUGUCAGAGACGAAACCGCUGCCGAGCGCUUUACGUUCUACCACCUACCAGUGUUCUGGCACACAUCACAACACUUGGUGGCCAAAGAGUUGCUUCGGCCCGCUCCUCGCCUUGGGUUGGUUCCCUCCGAACUGACUGCGCUGUUGUUUCCACAGACCACGCAGUACCAGAGCACGCCACAGUGUCCACAGAUACAGCCUGUGGAAGUUUGGUGCGGCUCCAAUGAAAUAGUUGUGCGUGUGGACCGCUUUCAGUUGAGCGCGUGGCCACAUCCAGCUCUGUACAGCCUGGGCUCGUGUCAACCCACCAGUGUGACCUCCCACUUCUUGUUUUUCCACUACCCGCUAACCAAAUGUGCUUCUGCAUCUCAGGUGCUUGCCAGUGGUCAGUUGGUGUAUUCUUAUGCUCUUUAUUAUAGUCCACCACUACAAGGCUACAUCAUUCGUGCACUACCAUUUACACUCCCAAUCCACUGCUACUACAAAAGGUUUCAUUACUCUUACAAAGUUGGCUAUGCACCUCAGGUUCAGCACAGAACCUUCAAAAAGAGUCUCGGAACCAAACUCAGCUUCAGCCUCAAUGUCUGCAAUGCCCAGUGGGAGCCCCUCCCACGUGGCCACUCUUUUGUCUUGGGGGAGCUCAUAAAUUUUGUAGCCCAGACUGGAAGCGUUCUGCCAGGCGAGAAACUCUUUGUUGACUCCUGCUAUGUGACACACACCAAAGACCCAAACAGCACGCCCAAAGUGGAUAUCAUCACUAACUAUGGCUGUAUGACAGACAGCCGACGGGAGGGUAGUUAUUCUUCCUUCAGGUCAAGGAGUGGGAACAUGCUUAAGUUUUCAAUCAAUGCCUCUCUCUUUAAGGAUGUCUCACAGACGCUUAUCCUCACGAGGGUCGCAGGAGUGAUGGGGCCUAUCCCAGCUGUCAACGGGCAGGAGGCAAAGCUACCUUGGCAAAUCCUCGGAAAAAAAAGACAUGUUCAUCUUAAGAGUGCUAACACAAGUGGUAAUCGUACCCACCCAACUUCCUUGGGGCAGAAUAAGACGGAUAUAGUAAAGGUGACCAGGCUGAUGCUGCUUACUGAGAUAAGAGACACUGGAAGGCAUCAAGACCAUAGGACAGCUAAAGAAGAGGAGAUCGACAUUGUACAGAUAAAAUAUCUGGCCGACUUCAUUGUUCUUGAACAGAAGAAAUUCCAAAUGUUAAAAGUUGGAUGGGUAACCUUUAAGGAAAAUAUCAAACGGAUGCUGAAACGAAUGUGUCUAGAGAAACUACGAGGGGACCCAGAGUGAUGUACGAAGUGCGGCCACGUCAUGCCUGAAAUAUCCGCCUGACAGAUGUGGUGGCAGUGGCAGGAAACAGGACGAGAGGAACCAGGAUGGACAUUAAAUAUGAGAGACACAUAGUUAAAGUUCACAUAGUGAAAUAUUACAUUUUAUUUUGUUUGUAACAUAAUUUAAGCAAAAAGUUAUUUGUUCUAAAAAUGACAGAAAAAAAGUUUUGUUCUAAAUGUUAAACAUGCAUGUUUUACUGUGGGGUGAAUAACCUAAUUGUUUGGAAUUGUCUGUAGUUUGAAAAACAAUCUCGUUUCACACUGUAUAAUAAAGUUUUCAAUCUAGAAUGUUUGUUUCCAUCUAUCAUGGCAAAGUUAUUGUAUGUGGGAUUGUCACAUUAAUGCAAUUUACGAAUACAAUGUACAAGCAAUGUUGUUUCAGUUCUUAGACAGUUCUAUAGAACUUGGGUCAUAAAGUUCUAUAGCAUUUCUAUAAAAUGUUACAUAGAAAUUCUUUAGAACUUGGGUCCUAAAGUUCUAUAAAAUUUCUAUAGAAAUUCUUUAUAAACGUUCUAUAGAAAAUUUUUAGCGGGGCAGCCCUAUGGGGAUCACAAGCCAGUGCAGUCUGUUGGCCGGUCCCAAGCCCGAAUAAAUGCAGAGCGUUGAGUCAGGAAGCCCAUCCAGUGUAAAACUGUGCCAAAACACAUAUGAGCAUUCAUCAAAUGAAUCCCAUACCAGAUCGGUCGUGGCCCGAGUUAACAGCGCCCACACCCAGCGCCAUUAACCUGCAGGGCGUCGGUGGAAUUUCAGCUAC